AUGCAUCAUUCGUAUACAAGUGGUAAAGGAGACCCUUUGUGUCCUUUGGGUUUUCAUCCACAAGUUCGAUGGCCGACAAGAUGUAAAAGAUGUUUCAGAGAUUAUAAAGAACAUGGUGGAAAAGGGAAAACAUCUGAAAGUGGUUUGGUUAAAGAUGAUAAAACAAGAUCGACGCCGAGUUUGUCAUCUUGGAACACGACAACGACGAGAAAUCGUGAUUUUGGUAGAACAAUUUCAACUGCUUCAAUUACUUCUGAUGUUAAUUCAAAAGAUGAAACAGUUUUUAACGGUCAACACAAACCAACAGAAUUAAACACAAAUUUUAGCACGAGUCAGUCUUUAUCGUCUUCUGCUUGGACGUCGACACCAGAUUUAGGAAAUAUACAAAAUGAAGUAUCGACAACUGUUUCCGUGACAUUACCAAGAAGGAGAAGAAAUGUAACGGAUAAUUUCGACAGUUCGGAUGCCACAAAUAAACCAACAGAAUUUACAAUAAGGAGACGAACGUAUACGACAGAUUUAAGUCAAGUUAAUGUUCAUGAUGAUUCCACGACAGUUGGCGAUGAUAAACAUAAAACAGAUUCAGAUAAGAAAUCAAAAGUAAAAUUAACAGAUAAACAUGAAAUAAAUAAAGGGACACAAGAAACAAAAAUCAGUGGUGGUAAACCUCCUGGAAAGCUAAAAAGGAACACCAUCACCACCACCAACAGCAACGGUUAUGAUUCCAAUAGUGAAUCCCAUGUUAAUCCUGAUGUUGAAUUUAUUUUAAGGGUUAAAGCAUCAAAACAUGAAACUUCAAAAAAGGAAGGAAAUUUGAUAAAACAAUCUUCUUCGGUAUUAAUUCCACCUCACACGAGUAGUUCAUCAAGUUCAUCUGGUCCUGAUGAACCUGUUGAUGAUGAAGAUGAUGUUGCUAGCAUAGCCAAUACAGAAACAACAGAAACGACAUUAGUAGGAAAAAACGACAGUGAACUUUUGGAAGAGAUUGAAUCGUUAAAAAUUGAAUUGGAACAAAUGAAAACUCGUUGCGAAAAAGUUGAAAGAGAAAAAUCAGACAUUUUGUUGAGGAGGUUGGCAUCUUUUGACACGACAUCGACGAAAACGGCUGCUUCUGAGGUUUUAAAACUACAGCAAAAAUUAAACGAACUUUCAAAUCAAUCAGAAGAUUUAAAAGACGACAAUAAAAGUUUAUCGUUAAGAGUUAAAGAAUUAGAAAAAGAAUUAGAAGAACAAAAGAAUGUUGGUAACGCUGGAAAAAGAGCAGAAGAACUUCAGGCAAAACUAGCAGCUGCGGAAACAUUAUGCGAAGAACUCAUGGACGAAAAUGAAGAAAUGAAAAAAGAACUUCGAGAACUCGAAGAUGAAAUUGAAGAAAUGCAAGAUAAUUUUCGAGAAGAUCAAGCCGAUGAAUAUUCAUCCCUUAAAAAAGAACUCGAACAAAGUACUAAAAAUUGCAGGAUUUUAUCAUUCAAAUUAAGAAAAGCUGAAAGGAAAUCUGAAGAAUUGGAAGCUGAAAAACUCCACGCAGAAAUGAAAUUAAAAGAGGUUUCAGGUUCGAACGGAUUGACAACCAUGGAUAAAAUUAAAAAAUUAGAAGGCGAAUUGAAAAUAUCAAAUGAAUUGUCUACAAGACUGACGAAAGAAUUAGAAGAAGCCAAUAAAAGACUGAAAAAAUUUGAAAAUAAUCAAAAUGUUCAAACCGUUAAAAACAAUCUUAAACCUGGAGGAACCGAGAAAGUACCGAGAGCUUCUUUGAUGAGAGGAGGAUCACAAGAAGAUCCACAACAACUUCUUAGAGAUUUACAAGAUUCUUUAGAGCGUGAAGCUGAUUUAAAAGAACAAUUAAGAUUUGCAGAAGAAGAGGCUGCAAACCUUAGAAAAAAAGCAGCACGAGUUGAGGAAGACAAUGAUUCUUUAGCAUUACAACUCAAAAAAAUGGCUACUAAAGCCAAAUCUUCUAGAAAAAACAGUCCAUCGACGAAUACUCGAACUCCUAAACCCGUCAUUGAAAAAGACGAAGGGAUUUCAGAUGAAGAGGAUCCAACAGAAUUGCGACUACUAUUGGAUUUAAAUGAACAGGAAUCAGCCGUGCUAAGAAAAAAAGUAGAAAAAUUAGAAGCGGAUUUAGAAGCACAAGAGAAAAAAAUGAGAGAUUUAGAAGAAAAAUUAGCUUCUUGUAAAAAAUCCGGAGAUGGUUUUAAAAAAACUUCAUCCGGAACCGGAAAUCUAUUCGAUAAUGAUAAUUUAAAAGCAUCAGAAGAAAAAAUUAACGAAUUGAAAAAAAAAUUAUUAGAAAAAGAAAAUGAAUUGGAAAAAAUGAAGAAAAACCAAUCAUCAUCCCCAAUAAAAAAACAAAUAACAAAAACAAAUCAACAAUUAAUUAAAAAUUUAAAAAAACAAUUGGAAAUGGUCGAACAGGAAGCCAUUGUUUUAAGAACAAAAUUAAACGCGCUCGAAUCCGAUAAUGAAAAAUUAACGGCCGAAAAUAAAAAACUUAUUUUAUAUAAAGGAACUAAAAAAUUAACGUCGUCAAAUGAUGAAAACGUUAUUUUAAAAUUAGAACAAAAAUUAAAAGAUUCUGAAAAACAGGUCAAAGAAUUAAACGAAAAAUUACAAGCUAUUAAUAAUAAUAAUAAUAAUAAUAAUAAUGAAAACACAUCUACUACGAUUAAUACUUCCGAGACUGAUAAAUUAAAAAAAGACUUGAAAUUAAAAAUGGACGAAAUCGAUAAAUUGACAAAAGAAAUCAAAAAUAAAGAUGAGACGUUGAAAAGGUUGAGAGAGGAUGGUUUGGCCGAAGCGACAGAAUUUUAUAAAAAUAGAAAACCGAAAAAACCAACGGAUCUCACCACGAAAAUACAACUUAAAAAAAUGAUACAAGAAUCGGAAAAUGAUAUAAGUGAUUUAUUAGUAUUGGUUAAAAAUUAUAAAUUCCAGACAAAAAAUGAAAAAUCAAACGAAUUGGAAGAAAAGAAUAAAUUGAUUAAAGAAUUAAAUGAUAAAAUUGAAGAAAUGAAAAACGUUAAAGAUGAGGAAAUAAAAAAAUUAAACGAAAAUAUAAAAAAAUUAAAAAAGGAAAAGGAAGGAUUAAAAACGGAAAUGAAUAAUAAUUUGAAAGAAGAAAAAGAAAAUUCAAUUCUAGCACAAGAAGAAAUAAAAAUUUUUGCUAAAAAAUUAGAAGUUUCGAAUAAAGAAUUGGAAGAGGAAAGAGAAAACGUUAGAAAAUAUAAAAAACAAUUGGAAAAUUUUGAUAAACUCGAAAAGGAUAAGGGACAAUUGGAAAAAGAUUUAAUUGCCAAGGAAAAAGAAACGACGGAAGUUAAAAAUAAAUUGACGGAAGUUGAAGAAAAAUUAAGGAAAGCGGAAAAAAAUUUAACGAUCAAUCGUAAAAAAGUUUCCAAUUUGGAGAAAAACGUUGAAGAAAUCGAAGAGAUUAAAAAUUCGCAAAUGAAAAAAUGUCAAUCGUUGGAAUCGGAAAUUUUAGAUUUGAAAAAUUCAAAUACUUUUCUCAAAACUAAAAUAUCUGAACUUGAAGAUGAAAUAAAAAAAGACAAAACGAUAAUAAAAGAUCUCGAAAAUUCGAUUCGAGAAGAAAGAGAAAAAGCAACGGAUGAAUGUUUAAAAGCUGGAUCUCUAGAAAAGAAAGAAAUAAUGGCGCUUAGAGAUGAUUUAUCGAAAAAAACAAAACAAUUAGAUGAAUUAACGCAAAAAUUAGAAACAUCCGAAAAGGAACGGAAAUCCCUCGAAGAAAAUAUUAAAAAAACGGAAACGAAAGCAACGAAAGACAAAGAAAUUUUCGAAAGUAAAAUUUCUUCUCUGGAAAAAGACCUCAACGCGGAAAAAAGAAAUGGUGAAAGAAUAAAAAUUACACACGAUAAAGAAGAAAAAAAUCGAGAAAUGGAAUUAUCCGCAUUAAAAUCUAAAAUUAAAACAUUGGAACAAUCGACGAAUGUAACGAAUAAAAAAAUGGCGGAUUUAAAAGAAGAAUGGACGUUUAAAAUUAAGGAAUUAGAAAAAGAAGUUUCCGAAGAGAAAAAAAAAUACGAAGAUUUAACAACGAAAUAUGAAAUAUUGGAAGAAGAACAUGUCGUUACAAAAGCUCAAUUAGUUAUGGAAAAAGAACAAGCGCAAUCACAAGUCGGUAUUAAUAAAAAAGACAUUGUUAAACUCGAAACGGAAUUACAAAAUUUACAAGAUACUUUACUCAACAGACAAGAAACUUGGAUGAAAGAAAAAAAAGAAUUGCAGGAAAAAAUAAAAGAAAAUUCUCAGAAAACAUUAGGAAAAUGGGAAUUGGAAAAAUCAAAACUUCAAGCAUUAGCAGACGAACAAAAAUCAUUGGCUGAACAAUUACGACAGCAAAAUAAAUCUGUCGUGGAACAAAUGGAACACAUGAGAAAAGAAAACGAAGAACUUAGAAAAAAAUUAGAUGAUUUCGACAAGGUGUCAAAAAUACAUAAGCAAAUGUCGGCGGAUACGAGUCAAUUGGAAAUGCAAUUAAGAGAAGCGCAAACGAAAUUGGCGGUAGAAGAAAAAAAUUACAAAACGGAUAUGGCGGCUUUAAAAUUGAGAUACGAAAAUAGAGUUAAUUUAAUAAGCGGAGAACUUCAAGCAUCUCAAAAUCAUUUAUCGAGAUUUAAAAGAGAGAGAGACAACUACAAACACAUGCUCGAAGAAGCACAAAUGCAAAUGGCCAAUUUGAAAAAAGGAAGUCAACCGGAUGUAACUGGAGAAUUAAAAGAUAGUAAAACGGCUAUGGCAGUUUUGGAACAACAAAUUUCUUGCAUGGAAGAUGAAUUGACCGAAUCGCGACUGGAAUGUUCUAAACUCAAAACCGAAUUGGUAUCAGAAAAAUCUGCUUGGGAAGUUAAAAUAUCAGAAUUACAAUCGAAAAUCAACGAGCUGGAAGAAGAAAAAAUUCUUUCAAGCGGAAGAACAAAAAUUGUCGGAUUACGUACGAAAAUGGAAUUGUCGUGGCAGAAGGAAAGAGAAGAUCAACAAAGGCUUUUACAGGAAACGUCAGCAUUGGCGAGAGAUUUGAGACAAACUUUGUACGAAGUGGAAAGAGAAAGGGAUAAAGUUAAACUGGAAUCGAAAAGGACGCAGGAACAAGUCAAAAGAGCUUCCGAAGAGGAAAUGGAAGAAAAUCGUAAAAAAAUAACCGAACUUCAAUGCGAUCUUUUAGAAUUACGAGAUGCACAUGCAAAACUUCGAACGACAAAUGAAAAAUUAAGAAGAGAAACGGAACGUUGGAACCGGGAAAAUAGAUCAUUGCAAAAAUCUAAAAUAAAAACGGAAGAAGAAGAGAGAAAAGUUCAACUCCUCCUGGACAACAUUGAUUUACUAUUAAAAGCAACGUUUGAAAAAAAAACAACGGGAAGGUAUCUGGAGUCAUCGUCGUCAUCAAAGAAAAGAGCUGGUUCAAAGUCCAGGGAAUCAUCUCCGCUGUCAUCAACAACAACAACAACAACAACAGGAGGAAACUUUCCACAAGAUGAAAUACAAUUGAUUUUACAAAGGUUGAGUGAAACAGCAGAAGACAUACGACUUAAAACACAAUCGGAUGAUAGAUUUAUGGAUGAGAGAAGUAAAAGAGCUUCAUCCGUUGGCUACAGAAGCCUGAGAGCGGCAUCCACGGAAUCCGAUUUCGCAUCCGAAACAUCGACGGUCACAAAAAGGCCGAUUAAUAAAACAUCUAAAAAAAGUAACUUGCACAGGAAAUCGUUAUCAUUAUCAGAAACUACCGGACCUGGAGCUCAGGAUCAGAUGAUCUGGAGAGAAGAUAAUGAUAACGACGGAAGUCUCACGUCACUGGAAGAUCAUACCGGAUCCCGAUAUAAAAAUAUAAAUUUUCGGGAAAAUUCAAUGGAUUCCAGGUUGAGCGGGGGUUCGACUCAAUCCGAAUUCAUCGGUGGAGAAAAAAAAAAAAAAAAAAAAGGAUUAUUUGGAAAAUUAAAAAAAUUAACGAAAAGCAAAAGCAUCGAUGACACGACCGGAAGUCACGACGAUUUAAUGAGGGGAGGAGAAUCCGAUUCCGACAUGAGUACCGUCGGUGACGUCAAAGGCACAAAGAAACAUUUUAAAGAAAAAUUUUCCGAAAUGUUUAAAAAAGAUGCACAGUCUAAAAAUUCAACAUCGAAAUCGUCGAAGAAUUUACAAAGAGCAUCGCCGGAUCCGACAUCGAAAUCGACGUCUUUAGGAAGACCUUUGGAUACGACAACAAGAAAUCCUGUUGCGUCGUCUAUGAUGCACAAACCUUGA